AUGACUUCGGUAUCUGGUUGUAUUACUCAAUUCAAUAAAGAAACUAAUGUUGGUUACAUUCAAACACAAAACGAUGAAACCAACAAACGAUGUCUUCAAUUCCAUCUGCAUAGUUUAAAAACCCAUUCGAGACGAUAUGUGACUAAAGAUAAUUCAACAUUCGUUGAUGAAUUAUUUGAUUUUAAUAUUGUUCAGCAUGAAGAUGGAACAAUAGACGAAGCAGUAAAUAUCAGACAUCGUGUUUUAAAAUGUUCUAUUCUCGGAUGUUCACGAAUCAAAGCUUUUACACAUAAAAAAGCAUUAGAUGAACAUAUUGAAAGUAAACAUUGUCGAGUGAAGAAAGUUGACAAAAUGACAUCACAGGAGAUGCCUACUUGGCCGUCACAAAACAAACAAACGAAGACAACUAAACAAUCACGGUCGUUUCUAAUCGAUCUUUUGGCUCCUUCGGCUUCGGUUAUAUACUGUUUCAUUGGUGAAAAUGGUGUCAAUCUCAAACAAUUUGAAGAAGCAAAUAAUGUCCAUCUCAAAAUUUUAACAAAAAUAGCUUUCAAUAGUUUAUUGCCAAAUUCAAUUGUCCGAGUUCACGUUAGACUAUUUCAUGCGAAAGUUAAUGCUGAUGUAGUGAGUACAAAACUAAAACUACUGUGGGAAAGAGCAGCUCGCAAACAACAAGUCCACGAAGACCGAUCUAAACAAUACUUCGCACAAAAACGACUGCUAACUUCAAGAGAAAUAGAUUUUGAUAGUGAUACGAGACAUGCAAGAGCAUUUAUAUUAGCUGAUGAUGAGUUGAUACGACAACGAUCAAUAAGGUAUGAACAAACAAAACUACUAUUACGAAAGCAAAAAGCACGAUUUGGUUGGGUUUUGGAGAUGCAUCGAUGUGCGACAACAGAAGAUUGUGAACAGCGAGGAAGAAAAUCAGUAAUUGUUCAUCAUCAAAAAGAUAAAAAGAGUAUGAAGCAUAAACAAUGGGUGAUGAAAGAAGAGUUAUAUGAUGCGUUACAAUAUCUAUUAUUUCAAAUUUGA